CAGAUCCAGAGGUGCUUUCGAAAGAGAAUCAUAAUUAGUACUUAGAAUAAACUUUAACAUGGAUAAAACUUCUAAGAUUUAAUUAUUUAAUAUUACUCUUUAUGCUGUGAAUUCAGAUUUAGAUCCAACAGAACUUGAAGUUAAGGUCUAACAAAACUAGAGAUGUAAAUAAGAAUCACCUCUUUAGAUAUGUAUCUGCAUAUAUAUCUUUGUUUUUUGGGAUGAGCUUACCUAAAGCAACUAGAAACAAAAAUGCACUGAAAAUAGAAACCAUGGAAUUAUGGAAACAAUCAUGUGGUCAUCUGACUGUACAUAAGCGUACAUAUAAAGACUACUUAUUACAACCAAAUUAUUAUCAUUCAAAUGGAGUUGUAUAAAAAGGCUAUACUUCCAUGUGUUGUAAUAUUGAUUUCCAUUUAAAUUCCAUCAUCACAAAGGUUUCAAGUCUAAUAUUUUCUUGUUUACAAUUGUUUCUUGUCAAUUAUUUUCAUAAUUUUCUCAUUUUGUAAAAAAGACAUCAUGAACCUCUCAGAUUUGAAAAUAGUGACUAUUUACUUGUAUGAAGUAGGAUUUCCCUUGUUAAAUUUCAUUGCUUACACCUUUGGUUGGACUUCCAACAAUUUUAAACAUUGAAAUUCAUUCAUGCUUAUCCAUUCCUAACAUUCAUUUAUGCUGAAUAUACUCUAUUUCGCUCUCCAUAUUUUGUAGUCUUUAAGCAGAGUAAGUAGACUACAUAACUGCUUGUAAACCCAUUUCUUCCAACAAACUUCGUGAGGAUUUAUUUUUCACUUGAUUUUACUUUGAUAGAUUUGGGACUUCGGCAACCUUGGUUGGAAGGAGAGGAGUAUCUAUCAAUUGUUGAUGAAUUUAUGGAGGCAAUUCUCGCCUGUUGGCCCAAGGCUAUUGUGCAGUUUCAGGAUUUUCAAAUGAAGUGGGCUUUCGAAAGACUGCAACAGUAUCAAAAAAGUUUCUGCAUGUUCAAUAAUGACAUACAGGGAACUGCUGGUGUUGCACUGGCAGGACUGCUUGGAGCUGUAAGGGCACAAGAUCAACCAUGGAUUGACUUUGUGAACCAAAAGAUAGUUGUAGUUGGAGCUGGAAGUGCAGGGCUUGGUGUUUUUAACAUGGCUGCACAGGCUGUUUCAAGAAUGGCAGGAGCUGAAGCAAAUCCUCUGUUGUUCCUACUCAAUAAAGAUGGUCUCAUUACAAUGGAAAGGAAGGGUGUUGAUCCAGCAGUUGCACCAUUUGCUAAAGCCCCUGGGGAGAUCAAGGGUUUGGGACUUAGGGAGGGAGCAAAUCUCGUUAAAGUGGUAAAUCUUACUGGACUGUUUUUUGGCUGCCUAUGUUGAUGCAAGGCUGAUAUAGAUUGAUAUUGUGUGGAAAAGAUGAAGCUUGAGUAACCAGCUUAGGGUAUGAUGAGAUAUCACCCCUUAUUUAUAAAUGAAGAUUAGGGUUUACAAGGCAUAAAAAUGAUUACAGACCAUAGUGACUUUCGGCUAAUAUAAUAUGCUAAGUGACUUUCGGCGAAUAUAAUAUGCCAACA